AUGCAAACUAUUAUUACAAAGUGCUACGGCUGGCAAAUCCGGCGACGUCACAUUCAAUCGCUAGUCGUGCACCAUCCUUCGACAGGAACUGCUUCUUCUCGCCGGUCCAAUGCAUGUUACCAGCAGAUGGUCGAUUAUCGCAAGUCAUAUAGAAAUGAGCGUCUUCACAGUCGCAAUGCUGCGAGUUCGACUAAUUGCUGGGAUAUCUUCGUGCUACUAUCAUGUCUGACUGUUGAUCAUGUGUUGUUUCAAGACAUAAACUUGGGCUGUUAG